CCGACGGAUUUGGGCCGGGCCCAGCUAUGACAUGACGGCCAGUCCCAACUCCAGGGGCCACGAAGAGACAUAAAAGAUGGCACAAGGUCGCCAUCUUUCAGAAACAAAUCCUCAAGCUCAUUCAUCGCCUCUCAUCCUCGGGGACAGUCGACACUCCGCGGCACAAAAAGAAAAAGAACAUCACACUUUUUUGCUUUUGACACGCUCAGUGAGCCUCCCGCGACCAUGCAACUAAAGGCACUCGCCAUCUCCCUGGCGGCGGUCGUCCCGCUCGUCAGCGCCUUCCCCAUCACCGGCAACGACGUCAACUGCCGCGCCAGCCCGGGCACCGACAGCAAGGUCGUCAAGACGUACGCCAAGGGCACCGACGUCAAGGUCACCUGCCAGACCAACGGCGAGAGCAUCUCCGGCUCCACCAUCUGGGACAAGACGGGCGACAACUGCUACGUCUCCGACUUCUAUGUCAAGACGGGCUCCUCGGGCAUGGUCGUUGGCGAGUGCAGCGGUGGCAGCAAGCCUCCCUCGGGCGGGUCGUCCUACAACGGCAAGAUCAGCCGCAAGGAGAUCCUCGAGCGCGCCAACUACUGGGUCUCGCGCCACAUCCCCUACUCCAUGAGCAAGACCUACCCCGACCCCCAGGGCCGCCGCUACCGCACCGACUGCUCCGGCUUCGUCUCCAUGGCCCUCCACGCCAACUCCCCCGGCUACUCCACCGUCAGCCUCCCCGAGAUCGCCAAGCCCAUCUCCUGGAGCGACAUCAAGCCCGGUGACCUCGUCGGCACGCUCGGACCCGGCACCGGUGGCGCUGCUGGCCACGUUACCCUCUUCAAGUCCUUUACCGACAAUACCAAGAAGAGGUACAACACCCUCGAGUGCCGCGGCAGCGCUGGCUGCGUGGCGCAUGUUCGCGACGUCGGCUGGAAGGACGGCAAGUUCACGUCCAAGCCGUACCGAUACACUCGUGUCACGGACUAAG